AUGGCUUCAUCUAGUGGGACAUCGUCAGGAUCAUCGGAGCUUCAGAACUCAGGUUUUGAAGAAGAUCUUCAGAAAUUGAUGGAUCAGAAGAAGAGGAAGAGAAUGAUUUCGAACCGUGAAUCAGCACGUCGAUCCCGGCUGCGAAAACAGGAGCAACUGGAUGAUCUCGUGGCCAAAGUGUCUCAAUUUAGGAAGGAAAUUAAUCAGAUUAUCCCAAGAAUGAAUUUCACCACACAGUAUUAUCUCAACAUCGAGGCUGAGAAUUCAAUUCUCAGAGCUCAAACGGCUGAACUUAGCCACAGACUGCAAUCUCUCAAUGAAAUCAUAAAUUUCUUGAAUGCUAACAAUGGUGGUUUUGGCAUUGAGGAGAAUUAUUCAAUUGCAGAUUCCGCUUAUAUGAACCAAACUUGCAAUUCUCACUAUGUUAAUCAGCAACCUAUUAUGGGUAUGGCAGAUUUCUUGCAGUAUUGA